AUGGAUGCGUUCCUCAAUGUUGACCGUUCAAUAAUUCCCAAAAAGAAUACUUCUGGCGAAGCUGGUCAGCUAAUGAAGGAACUAAACGGAGAUGUGGCACCAUCCCUUGAAAUUCAAGAACCGCAAAGGACGUUAAGGAUGGAAUUUUGGACGGGCCUAAACAGAUCCAAGGCCAAAAAAAGAACAAUACAUAGCCUAUCAGCGGGAACGGAGUAUUUAGUUGAUAGCCUAGAGUUGGGAAGUUGGAGCGGCGUAUCAGUCGAAAAUAAGCACAAAAGUCGCAGUAAAAAUGAGGAAACAGUUCGGACAUUCUUGUCUGAAUAUAAACAUCCAGAAUAUUGGAAGUUACAGGUCCAAAAGAAAGAAUUCAUUAAACUUAUCGUAGAAAAUGAGGGUCGUCCGAAUGUAAUUUACAUUAAGGCUAGGGUGCUUGACGAACAAUGUAAAGGCGUCAUCAUAGAUACGUCUCGAGACGAAUUGGUAGUAUACCUUACUUUAAGACAUCCACCCGAACUAUACAAACAGCUAGAGCAAGUUAAUGCAUUACUCAGUCUGUUAAAUAUUGAUAUUGACACAUGGUCGCGUUGUGGCGAUUGGACAGGUGACCAUAACGUCUUUGGUCAGUUCCUGGUAUAUCGACUGGUCCUUAGAGAAAAUAUUCAAUCUGUUAAAAAAACUCUGACAGCGAUCGAUGAAAAUCUACAGGACUGCCCGGUAAAGUACAAAAGCCCACAUCCUUUGGAUGAAACGAUGGACGAGGUUAUAUAUCCCCUCUUACCGUUCAAGAUUAACUUCAAGCUUGAAUGCUUACUUUCGCACAACGUAUUGACAGUGCGCGAA